AUGACUCCGGAACGAAAAUUCGCCAUUCCAAAGGGCUCAACGGUCCUGGUGACGGGUGCGAACGGCUUCAUCGGCUCCCACGUCUGCAAUGAACUGCUGCAGCUAGGGUUCAACGUCCGCGGAACUGUUCGCGACGUUUCGAAAUGCGCCUGGCUGCCAGAGGCGCUAAAGCGACAGAGACAAAAGGGCGACUUCAUGUUGGUUUCAUUGCCGGACAUGGAGAAGGAGUGCGCUUUUGACGCUGCGAUUGAAGGCGUCUCCGCUGUGAUCCAUGCCGCUUCUCCGGUGUCUUUCAGCCCAAACCCCGAGAGCGUCAUUCCUCGCAGUAUCACUGUGGCUCUGAAUGCUCUCAAGGCUGCCAACAAAGCGGCGAGUGUGAAGCGGUUCAUCUUCACCAGCUCUUCCGUUGCUGCAGCCCUCCCUCAGCCUGAGAAGAAGGGAAUUGAGGUGAAUUCCGACUGUUGGAACACUGAGUCGGUGGAAAUAGCAUGGAGGGAGGCUCCGUGCCACCCCCAGCGAGCGUGGCAUAUAUAUGCCGCAAGUAAGGUGGAAGCUGAGAUGGCAGUGUGGAAGUUUUAUCACGAGAAUAUUCGGCGUCGUUAUGACUUGAUAGUCAGCAGCGAGUAUUUUGUCGACGUGGAAGACAACGCUCGGCUUCACGUGGCUGCUGCAGUGCUCCCCAACGUUCGCAGUGAGAGAAUCUUUGCUUGGGCUGAACCCUUCAACUUUGAUACCGUGCUUGAUAUUUUACGCACGCACUUCCCGGAGAAGAAUUUCGUGGAUAACUUCCACCAUUACCGUGAGCUUUCCGUUGUUUCGCAACCCCAAUCGCGGGCGGUUGAGCUGUUGAGGCAACUCGGAAGAGACGGCUUUGUUCCUUUGAAGCAGAGCGUUCUUCUCAACGUUGAAGAUCUAUCAUGA